AUGGAAGUCACCAAAUCCGCCGUCUUCAGCCCCGCGCCCGUCUCAGCCGAAGCCCUGGGAGCAUUCUACCUCGCCGCCCUGACUGAAAUCCAAGACACCCAUCACCGACUUCCCUCUGCCGCCCAGCUGGACCUAAGAUUCGUCUUUGGAGCCGACAUGACCAGACCGGGCGUCACAGUUCCCCUCAUGCUCACGGCGACCGAGCGCACUACUAUCGAGGAGAGAAAGACGGGCUUUGCGAAUUUGGUUCAUGCCAUGUCUGUUCAGCCCCUGUUUACGGGGAUGACUUUGGAGGUGAAGGUCGUUUUUAAGAUACCUGUGUCGGGUGAGACUGCGGAGAGUAGGAGUGGCUAA